AUGCGCGGUGAUGCGAGAUUGUCCAAUGCCACUGUGACUCUCUCUCACCACGUUCCGCAGAAGCGCUCUAGCCGCUGCGCAUGUCCUGCAACGAUCAAUCGCUCUCCUCCUGAACGCACAGCUCACCUCAACUUCCUCGUUCCAACUCUCCUUGCCCCCUCUUUGCCUCUCCAUGCCCCCCUUCCUAUGCUACUACCCUGUUAUCACCCCGCCUUCCCUCCUUUCCCUCCCUUUCCUCCUUCCACUCCCUCUUCUCAUCCCCUCUCCCAACAACCCUCACUCAUCUGUCGUACAACCCUCUUCCGGUCCCUGCGUGCCCCCAUGCCCCUCCCCGCGUUGCUUCCCUCCCCCCACACUCCACCGUGCCCGCUGACCUCCGUGAGCCCGCGGCUGCACCCCCUGCGUCCAACCCUCUCCUGCCUUCGCUGGCAGUCAAGCUGUUUUGCACGUGCUGGCAGCGUGGGGGCAGCUUGGGGGCGGCUGGCAGGCGUGGUCGGCCAGCAGCGACUGCUCCACCGUGCAGGGCGUCGCAUGCGACGCUCGCAGGCAACGUCGUCUCCCUGGUACGUGAGGCAUGUGAGUGCUGCUCCAGCGCAUGUGAGUGCUGCUCCAGCGCAUGUGAGUGCUGCUCCAGCGCAUGUGAGUGCUGCUCCAGCGCAUGUGAGUGCUGCUCCAGCGCAUGUGAGUGCUGCUCCAGCGCAUGUGGGUGCUGCUCCAGCGCAUGUGGGUGCUGCUCCAGCGCAUGUGAAUGCUGCUCCAGCGCAUGUGAGUGCUGCUCCAGCGCAUGUGAGUGCUGCUCCAGCGCAUGUGGGUGCUGCUCCAGCGCAUGUGGGUUCUGCUCCAGCGCAUGUGGGUGCUGCUCCAGCGCAUGUGGGUGCUGCUCCAGCGCAUGUGAAUGCUGCUCCAGCGCAUGUGGGUGCUGCUCCAGCGCAUGUGAAUGCUGCUCCAGCGCAUGUGAGUGCUGCUCCAGCGCAUGUGAGUGCUGCUCCAGCGCAUGCGAGUGCUGCUCCAGCGCAUGUGGGUGCCUUCAGAGUACUCUCGGCCCGCUUGCCAGGGGCGUGCCAGCAACGUGUGCAGGUACUGGCUAUGCCCCAGGGAUGGGACGCACCAUCAACGUCCCAGGCAUCCCUCUCCUCACCUCAGUACAUUGCCCCAUCUGUAGUCCUUCCACGUCUCCCCUCCCUCUCCCUCUCCUAA